GACAUGCGGUUCCUUUGAAUGUUGGUAUGUACGCAAUUGAUGAGCAUUGUCAGCCUUCAGUCAGCAAGCAACAUUUUAGGACUGACCGUUUUCAUGGACUUCGAUCUCUCCGAAAUUUCACAGAUUCGUAUUAAGAAGCCAAAGACCAACCAACACUGUCGGGGAAUCGUUAUCAUUUCACGCAGAGAUGUCGGACUGGCAGGGGAACAGGCGGUGGGUAAUCGUCCUCGCGUCGUCAUUUACCAUCUUCAUUGCAGAUGGGUGUUUGUCGACUGUAGGCCUCUACUUAUCACCGUUGAGAGACUAUUUCGGCUGUUCCAUGGCAGAAAUCAGCGCAAUCGCAAGUCUGGUUGUGCUGUUUUAUCAUGUCGGCGGCCUAUCCGGAACUGUUGUCAACCGACUCGGCUACAGAACCGUGGUUGUGGUUAGCGGUUUCAUGGCUGCACUUGCAAUGUUCGUCAGUAGUUUCACGUCUUCCCGGAUACUACUAGGAUUCACAUUUGGAAUCGUUACCGGAUUUUUCUCAGGAUCACCCUACCCGGGAUGUUCCUUGGCAGUCGCCUCCUACUUUGACAAGAACUACACCACAGUUUGGGGCAUAACUUCUGUUGGUACCUCUCUUGGCGUAGUCGUCCUACCGCCAUUGACCCAGUACCUGAUCGAUCAUUACGGGUGGAGAGGCGCUAUGGUGCUUUCCUCGGGAAUCAUGGGCCAAGUGCUAGUCAGCGGCAUGCUCCUGCGUCCUGUCAUGAAGAAGAGACGCCCUCUACGACGAAUGUCUUGUAAUCGGUCCCAGGAUUGUCUUGACGAUCAAAUAACCCACCUGGGGACCAUGAUAGGUAGCUCGAUUUCUGUUUCAAACGGAAAAACUCUACAAGAGUACUCAAAGGUUAUACAAAGCGUUAGUGACGACUCGACAAAUCAACUAGAUAAUCACAAAAUAUGUGAUCACCAUCAACAGCUACACAAUGACAAAGGACAUGAAGGAAGUCCAAAAAUGCUUCUUGACUCGCAAGGUCGAGCAGUCAAGAAGACAGAACUUGAUGACGAAGACGAUGUAGUUUCCGAUGGCAGCGACAUUGUCAAAGUCUUGAACCUUAAGAUGAGCUCCGAAUCUGCCUGCACAAGAAUCUGCUACACUUUAGGUGUCCCUCUGAUGCUACAUAGUUUCAGAGUUGCCCUCAUCGUAUUAUCACAGUUCACUAUCGGCAUGUGCUUCAACUUCCUCCUCAGUCACCUACCUGGUAGCUUAGUCAAUCGUGGUGUGAGCAGCCAGACUGCUUCUUUGUUCAUAUCUCUCAUCGGGAUCGGAAGCGUGGUUGGUCGAGCGGGAUACGGGUUCCUGGUUGACUUUGGCUGCAUAUCAGCUAAAAACCUCUAUGGCAUUAGUAUGGCGAUAUUGGGAUCAUGCGUUAUGUUAUACCGAGUAAUUCAAACGUAUUGGAUGUACGCCAUUAUGUCAUUCGGUGUUGGUGCGUCCAGUGGCAUCGCUUUUGCUCUUGAGAUCGUCCAGUCACGUGUGUAUGUAGGCAAAGAACAUAUGGGAAGAGCCAUUGCUUUGAUAUUCCUAUCACAUGGUACUGGUGGAUGUGUUGGCCCGAUCCUUGGCGGAUGGGCUUUUGACGUCACCGGAAGCUACGAUUAUCCAUUUUACGUAUUUGGUGGAAUUGUUGUUCUUUCAAGCUUCAUGUUCCUACUCGAACCAAAACUGGGUGAGUUGGAGGCAUAUCGAGCAUCGAAGAUAUUACAAGAUCAUCAUGACGUAAAGAUAACAGAUGGAUGUGACGGAGAAAAGGAGACGUUUGUUUAAAUCCGAAGAAACAUUUUUAACAUGUACCAUUUUAUUUCUGUUAUUAAAGUUCUUUCCGUUCAUAUUGGACGAAUUUUGUGUUGUCGAGGAUAGUUCUUGUUAUAUAUACGUGUUUUUACGAUUAAACCACCCUAAUAUCCUUUAAA